AUGGAAAAUAGAUUAACCACUAGCUCAAUUGUCACUAGACCAUUAACCCCAAGAUAUCCAGUUAUUAUUAAAGAUCCAACAAAUAAGGAUGUUAUAUCUAACUUUAGAUUAGGUGAUCAUUUCUUAGCUUUAGGUGUUACAACCAUCCUUACAUCUGGUUAUUACUAUUCAACUUAUCUUCAUAAACCAUCAACUAUUUUAUGGGGUGCAUUUAUUUUACCAACUAUGUACGUUUUAAGUGGUGAACGUGUUUCACAAAGAUUAAAGGGUGUACAAGAAAAUCAAAAAGAUUGUGCUAAAUAUGGUAUUGAAUUCACUCAAAAUAUAACUCCAUACAAUUUAUAA